CCCUCCCCCCCAACCCAACACCACAUAUCCACAUCCCCAUCUCCAUUCAUUCAAACCCAAACCCAAACCCCCUACCUACCUACUCUACAACAUGAAGGUAACCCUAACCCUCAAACACCCCCAAACAACCGAAACCUCCCGCUCCGAGAACCCCCCCCCCAGGAUCAGUUUCGCAGCCCCUACCCUAGACGUCCAAGGUUUCGGCGAAUUAUUUUCCUCGUGGCUUGAUUCUCCGGAUUCUAUCAUGGAGGGAUAUGCCAUGGUGAGCGAUGUUUGAUCUGCAGGUAGAUUAUCAGUCGGGGGUUAGGAGUCUAGUUUGGGAGAGAUGUCGCUUGGGUUAGGAGGGGAGGGGUGGGUAGUGUUUGGUUUUGGUGGUGGUGGUGCUGUGUGUGGUAUUGUUGGAUAGAAAUGAUGGAUGCUGGUAUUUGGGGAGAAAGGGAGGGGGGGGGGUUAUGCUGUUGUGUUUGUUUUUGUGUUUCUGGUUUGGUGGAUGUACAGGGGAAUGGAGGGGAUCGGCAUGGUUUGAUGUAUUCGGUGGAGAUUCAACUUAUGUUUAUAUGACUGUCUGGCUUCUACGACGAAUAAUGACUAGUACUAUAAUGGGAUGAUGGCUCGAGUCUACCUUCAAAUCUGUAUAUAGACAAGUCACAGAUUUGAUACUUGAACACACAGUCACCAGUCUUGUGAGUUGAAAAUAUCAUGCGUGUUGGUUUAGAUUUUUCUCUACUUACCAGUCCCUUGUUGGG